AUGCCUUCAGGGACGGGGAAAACAGUGUCGCUCCUGUCUCUCAUUGUUUCAUACCAACAGUUUUAUCCUACACGCAGAAAACUCAUAUAUUGUUCUCGAACGGUUCCUGAAAUUGAAAAGGCUUUGGCGGAGCUGAAAAGACUAGUUGAAUAUCGUAUAUCGUGUGCUGAAACACCAGAAGAGAAGGAGAAAGAACAGAAUUUCACAGGACUGGGUCUUACGAGCCGAAAGAACUUGUGCAUACAUCCCGAGGUGUCAAAAGAAAAGAAAGGAAAGGUGGUUGAUGCUCGAUGUCGGGAUCUCACCAAUACGGCUGUAUGUGAGAAGGCGCGACAAGAUCCCGGUUCUGUAGAUAUAUGCGACUGGCAUGAAGACAACUUGAACCAGGAAACUUGA